UUCAGCCGUUCAUCCAAACAGCCUCGCAGCGGCCGGGUAUCGAACCGCACAGCCAUUCCUAUCGGUCGGAGAAGACGAGCCGCCGCGAAUAGCAACUAGAAGUCCAGAAGGACCGAAUGGGCGGCGGAGCAGCAGCGGGGACGCCAAACCCUAUUCCGAAUCCUAAGCUCUCAUCCCUAAACCCCAAUUGGGCACAGCUCCAACAAAAGCUCAAAACCGGGCGCCCCCAUAAACCCUUCACUCCGACAGAUGCCGACGCCAAAACCCUAAAGGCAUCCGUGCUAGGGAAGCGCAAGGAGCGCCCGGUCUCGGAGCCCGAGGCCUCUCCGCCGCCCUUCCUGACGCCGACUUCCUCCGAUAUUAGCUUGACCAAUGUGCUGGCCAUGGACUGCGAGAUGGUAGGGGUGAGCUCUCAGGGGAACAAGAGCGCUCUUGGAAGGAUCACACUGGUGAACUCAUGGGGGAAUGCUGUAUAUGAUGAGUAUGUUCGCCCAGUAGAGCGUAUUGUUGACUUCCGUACAAAAAUCAGUGGGAUCCGACCAAAAAACAUGAAGAAAGCAAAGGAGUUUUGGGCUGUUCAGAAGGAAGUGGCUGAGUUGAUCAAAGGACGGAUCCUUGUAGGUCAUGCAUUGCACAAUGAUCUCAAGGUAUUACUAUUAAGUCAUCCAAAGAGGGACAUGAGGGACACCUCAGAUUAUGAGCCCUUCCUAAGGGAAGGGCGGAGAAGAGCUUUAAAGGAUCUUGCAGCUCAAAUUCUUGGUGUCAAGAUCCAACAGAAGGAACACUGUCCAGUUGAGGAUGCUCGAGCUGCAAUGUUUAUAUACAACAAAUACAAAAAGGAAUGGGAAAAGACCAUGAAGAAAAGGUUCAAGUCGAAAGAGAAGCUCAAAAACAGGCGCAAGAAGAAAUCUGAAGCAGCCUCAAAACCUGAUGUUUCGAGGGAUCUUUCGUAGCAAUGGAAAAUGAUAUUCCGGUAGUUGGAGGGCUAAAGGACAUAGUAACACCAGCAUGGGUGCUGAGAUGUAUGUUCAGACUACCAGCAUUUCACUUUUCUCUUAGAUUUUUACGAUGAUAAUUGUUGCACGCUUGUAUAAUCCUAAAUCCAUGUUUUUGUAUCUUGAUUGUGUCAGGCUCCACCCAUUCAAAGGAAGAAUGAGAUGUUUUAGCUCCUGCUACAUGGUUGCUGGAACAUGAUAUAUACGUUAAUGCUUUCCUAAUGUUCUAUACUGAUUUUGUAUUUUUAAAAAACAGCAAUGUUGUAUCGCUUUUUUUAAAUCCUGAACAUGCUUUUUGCUCCAUUAUAUUU